UGCCUCUUCCUCCUCCUUUCCUUCCUCUCCUCUGCUCUCCAACUUUCACUGCCACCACCACCCGUGCAUAUGAUAUGAAAGCCUCCUCGUCUUCUUCGCCCUUUUAUUUUUCCUUCUCCUUCUCUUAGAUCUCUGCCAUCCAUUUGCUGUUUAGUGAAGAGUCUUAAAAGAGAGAAUUUUGGGGUAAAAGAUUGAUUUGUUAUGGCUGUCUAUCUGUGCAAUUUCUCAUAAAUUGGGUACGGAAGUGAAUUUUGGGAGAUUGAAUGUAUGUUUACUACGACUAUUACAUCCUAUUGUCCGGUGUUUUGGUUGGCUGAAGAUACAUCUACAGUUACAAAAAGCAAGUUUUUGUGGAAAGGGAACAAACAAGACACAACAAAACUCCGGACUCUCAGAAAAUUGGAGACGAGGAAGAUGGAGAAGAAAAAUGAAACAAUCAAAAGGGCUGAGAAGUUAGUUGAAACCAUGAUGAAAGGAAAUGACGCUUCCCAUGAUGCAGCCCACGGUUUCAGAGUUAGAGAUUUGGCUCUCUCUCUAGCGCAUGAAGAAGGGCUUCAUCAGUCCUCUGACUCAAUGCAGAUUGUGGAGCUGGCUGCACUUCUCCAUGACAUUGGGGACUACAAAUACAAGAGAGAUCCAUCAGAGGAGAAGAUUGUUGAAGAAUUUCUGGAGGGUGAGGGUGUGGAUGACAGCAAGAAGAUGAAGAUAUUAAGUAUCAUAAACAGAAUGGGUUUUAAAGAGGAGCUUCAAGGGCUUCAAGUUGGAAAUGAUGCACUAGAAUUUGGAGUUGUGCAAGAUGCUGAUCGACUUGAUGCUAUUGGCGCUAUUGGUAUUGCUCGUUGUUUUACAUUUGGAGGCAGCAGGCACAGAGUCCUGCAUGACCCUAGCAUUCUACCUCGAUCAGAUUUGUCAAGGGAGCAAUACAUGAAGAAAGAAGAGCAGACAACCGUGAAUCAUUUUCAUGAGAAGCUUCUAAAAUUAAAGGACUUAAUGAAAACAAAGGCUGGGCAGAGAAGGGCUCAAAGGAGGCAUAAAUUCAUGGAACAAUUUUUGGAAGAGUUCUAUGAAGAGUGGGAUGGAAGAGCAUGAAUAAGAAAGCAAAAAAUUUUCGAAAUGCUCACUGGACCAGUAGGGUGGCCAAGAGACUGUUGGAUGUUGUUGGAUCACUGAAAUUUGUUCAACUAAAGUCAGUGUAGGAAGGAAAACUUCUGGUGAAAAGACUGUAAAGUUUUUACUGCUAUUGGAAUAAAAGGGAGGUCUAGUCUUGUUGCUGUUGAAUCGCUGAUAAGGCAUAAUUUCUAAAUAAUCUAUGAGGUUAAUCAAGUGCUGGACUGGACUUGUAUCUCUUUGUUUCUUUUGGUGGAUCCACUGUUCCCAUUGGUCUAUGGCUUCUCUUAGAUACUGGCAUAAAUAACAGAAACUUUUGAUGA